AUGCCAUCGGCAGCGGCGCCGCUCGAGGACGACGAUCUGCUCUCCGAGAUCCUCCUCCUCCUUCCGCCGCUCCCGUCGUCCCUCCCGCGUGCCUCCCUCGUCUGCAGGCGCUGGCGUUGCCUCGUCUCCGCCCCCGGCUUCGUCCGCCGCUUCCACGCCCACCAUCGCAGCAAAGUUCCCCUCCUCGGGUUCUUCGCCCAUUCCUUACGCGACGUCUCCUUCCUGCCUGCACUGGAUGCCCCCAAUUGUGUCCCCUCGGGGCUACUGUCGAGGAAGAUACCCUGCAGCAACCACUUCUGGACCCUCGACUGCCGCCAUGGCCUCGUACUCGUCUUUCUCCGUUGGCAGAACCAGUUCAUGGUUUGGGACUCGGUAUCUGAUGACCAACACCACAUUGACGUUCCCCUAGGGUUUGGCAUGGGCGCGAUCAGCGGGGCGGUGGUUCGCGCCGCAGGACUCGUCCAGCACUUCCAAGUGGUCUUGGUAGGACCUGACAAGAAACGACGUGGGCUCGCAUGUGUUUUCUCGUCCAAAACUGGCGCGUGGGAAAGAAUCCUGAAGUUUGAUUUGGAUAGGCAAGGCCUAACAAUGGUAACUCUGCCCCCACUCAGUUUCCAUGACAGGCGUAACAAUACUCACUUCAGGGUUAUGCGAGCAGAGGGUGGUGGUCUUGGUUUUCUCUUCAUCUCAGGUUUCACUGCCGAAUUGUGGAGGAAGAUCGAUUUUGAUGGUGUUGCUUCAUGGAUGUUGGAAAGAACUAUUGAACUGGACAAGCUAGCUCUAUACAUUCUCUUGGAAGCUUAA